AUGGGCACUGGCGCAUCGCGCGAACACGCGUUCGACCCGUGGGGGCGCCCCGCGAACGCCGCGGUGAGCGCCCGCCUGGUGAUCAACGGCCGCCCCCUCAGCAAGGCCCCGCAGGUGCGGUACCUCCCCUCCCCUCCCCGCAGCCGUCCGCGAGGGGGGGCGAGCGAAGGGCGGCCGCCCUCCUCCGCCGGUCGACUCCUCGAGGCGCCGGCGAGACGACGGGCCGUCGGCGAGGUCCGCGCGGACGGGAUGAGCGCGUCGAGCCUCACGAUUCUGGACCUCCUGCAGGACGUCGAGCGCGCGCCGGCGGGGGAGGGGGCGGGGGAAACGACCGAGGCGGGGCUUGCCGCGCUGCGGCGUUGCCACGCGCUGCUCGCGCGAAGCCCGCCCGAUCGCGUGGACGCCCUCGCCGUGGCGGUGCAUCAAAAGGAGGGGGAGCUGCUCCACCGCCGUGGGGAGCGGCCGGCCGCGAAGCAGGCGUACGGCCGCGCGAUCACGACCGCGGAGGGCUACAUCGCGCAGCACGCGAAGGAGUGCUACCCGGUGCUCAAGCGCUACGUCCUGGCGAUGAUGGGGCUGGCGAAAAUCUGGCAUGAAGACGGGGAGGUGGGGGAGAGGGAGAGAGAGAGAGAGGGGGGGCAUCCGAUCGCCGCGUGUACGCCGCGGAGGACGUCGUUCCAUUCGAUCGGGGUCUCCAGCGUCGGCUCCUUCGGGGGUCCGCGUGGCGUAGGGGAGGAGAUGUCGGCGUCGACCACCUCGCGUGGAUCCCGCGUUCGAAUCGCCUCGGAGCCCCAGCCGUUGCAGCCAACGGAAACGCAGCUCACCCGUAAGGAGGAGUCGGGGCCGCAGGGUCGGAUGGCGCGCAAGCUGAUCGCGUUGCCAUGCGAGCUCUUGCUUAUACGGUGCUGCGAGGUGGUCGAGAUCGCGCAUAACUACGAGUCCGAGCUGCUGAUCCCGCCCCUCCUGGAGCUCGCGCGGAUCUACGAGGACGUGCAGCUCUACGGACGUGCGAAAUUGGUUGUACAGCGCUGCCUCGGCACGCUCUGCUGCAUCUACGACUAUGAUCACCCCUGGGUGAUUCAAUUGAGGAAACGCGUGAGGCGGCUUGAGGCGCUUAGGCGAAAACAGCUGAUCCAUGAGUCCGCGACGCGAAUUCAGGCGACAUGGAAGAUGUAUCGUGCUAUGUGCAUCCUCGAGAUUAUCCUCGGUCAUCCUGUGCAUCGUCACCCGUGGAUUCCCUCUAAGUUCCGUGAGAAGCCGGAUUCGAGUGUAAUCGGCAGUCUUGUGAAGAAUAUACCCCUCACUGAGGGCUGGGAGGAAGGGGAUCUUGCAUCUUGGGGUAAGUUCAGCGUGGCGUCUCUCGAAAAAAGCUCCACCCAUAGGCGCCUAUUCCAAGAAGCGUUAUCGCCUACUCAAGAAAGCAGCGACCCUUCGGACCCCGACGAGCUACCUUUGGAGACUCAAAUCACAGGCCCGAUCGACGUGGACAAGCUGCCGCCGCUCGACAUGUCGAACUUCAAGCACAUGAUCGAUACCGACGAGGAGGGGGAAAGAACAUUCUUUCUGCCCGGUGUACAGGUGCUCUCGACCAUGCAGAAAUGCGAUACCGACACUUCUGUAGAGCACACGGAGCUUGGAAAUGUUAUAACGGUGCGCACCACGACGACGAAGAAGAUGCUCACCGAAAAAAUGAACAGUGAUGAGAAAAAUGGAAGCGUUGUAGAAGAAGAAACUGAAGAAGAUAGGGAAGAAGAGAAAGAAAUCAUUCAAAUUCAGGGUAAACCCGUGCGACAACAAAUCAGAUUCAAAGCCGACGGGAGUGCAUACUGA